AUUGCUCUCAAGUCGGUGGAGCUGGACGGAAGGUCUGAGCGUGCAGUGUUGCGAGGUCUGUUACAAGCCGAGAGAGCGCAAGGGGCGUCAGGCUCUGCAUAGGGGACGGCGUAAGAGCUGGGGACACUGCCGCCUGCAGGUUGUGUCCGCGCCAAGUCCGACCUGACCAGUGGACGGUCGCUGCACCACUCUGUGGAAAGAAGCUCUGAUGGCGGUGCCUGCCCUGAAGGACCCCGGUCAGAGCCGUGUGACCUUUGAGGAUGUAGCUGUGUACUUCUCCCAGGAAGAAUGGUGUCUUCUUGAUGAGGCUCAGAUACAACUGUACCUUGAUGUCAUGUUGGAGAACUUUGCACUUGUAUGCAUGCUGGGUUCUUGGCCUGGAGCUGGGGAUGAAGAGACACCUUUUGAACAGAGCAAAUCGGUAGGAGUGUCACAGAUUGGAACUCCCAGGGCAGAUUCGUCUGCUGAGAAUGUCCAGCCCUGUAAGAUAUGCAUCCUGGUCUUGAGAAACAUUUGGCACUUGACUGAAGAGCAGGGAACAAAUAGUGGACAGAAAGCAUACUCAUGUGGGACACAUGGAAAACAAUUCUGUUUCACUGCAGACAUUCAGCAGCACCAGAAGCAGCACACGAGAGAGAAUCUUUUACAAUAUGUUAAGGGGAAACUCUCAUUUUUGAAGAGCUGCACAAUCCAUGCAUCAGGAAGUCUCUCCCCAUACAGUGAGAUUGGGAAGGAAUUCGUGGCCAACAUGGGAGUUCAGCCACAGAUCAAAAACACCAGGAAUCAACAAAACAACAGUAAGGAGUGUGAAACUGUUUUUCACAGUGGAAAAAGUCAUCAGAGCUGGGGAGAAGGCAAGAAAGCCUCCAGCCACACAGACAUACUUGUUCAAGAUGAGAGAAUCCUCACUAGUGAACGGUCUUGUGAGUUCACAGGCGGCACUCACAAAAGUAAGCAUGUUCAGCACCAGAAAGGUCACAUUAGACAAAGGUCUUCCGAGUGCACUGAAUGUGGGAAAUCCUUUGGCCAAAGAAAGUAUCUCAGGAUUCAUAGGCGAAUUCACACUGGAGAAAGGCCUUAUCAGUGCAAGGAAUGUGAUAAAUCUUUUACCUAUAAGAACCGUUUCAUUGGACAUCAGAGAAUUCAUACUGGAGAAAGGCCAUAUGAAUGCACUCAAUGUGGAAAAUGUUUUACCCAUCAAUCCUCUUUCUAUGUACAUCAAAGAAUUCACACUGGAGAAAGGCCUUAUAAGUGCAAUGAAUGUGGGAAGUCUUUUAUCAACAACUCCAAUUUCCAUAGACAUCAGAGAAUUCACCAAGGAGAAAGGCCUUAUACGUGUAAUGUAUGUGGGAAAUCUUUUAUAACUCUGGCUGGCAUCCGAUAUCAUCAGAAAGUUCACAACGGGGGAGUGCUGUAUAAGGGCAGUGACUCUGGGACAUCCUUUAAUCAAAUGCAGCAACUCAGUUCCAGUAGGAAAAUCCACACUGGAGAAAAGCCUUAUGAGUGCAGUGAAUGUGGGAAAUCUUUUACUGCUAGCUCUAGCCUUUGGUAUCAUCAGAGAAUUCACAGUGGAGAAAGGCCUCAUGAAUGCAGUGAAUGUGGGAAAUCUUUCAUUGUUAGGUUGAGCCUUCGCAAUCAUCAGAGAGUUCACACUGAAGAAAGGCCUUAUAAGUGCAAUGAAUGUGGAAAAUGUUUUACUAGCAGUUCGAGCCUUCUUCGUCAUCAGAGAGUUCACAAUGGAAAAAGGCCUUAUGAGUGCAGUGAAUGUGGGAAAUCUUUUACUGCUAGCUAUGGCCUUCGGUAUCAUCAGAGAGUUCACAGUGGAGAAAAACCUUACGAGUGCAGUGAAUGUGGGAAAUCUUUUACUGCCAGCUCUAGCCUUCGGUAUCACCAGAGAGUUCACAGUGGAGAAAAACCUUAUGAGUGCAGUAAAUGUGGGAAAUCUUUUACUGCUAGCUAUGGCCUUCGGUAUCAUCAGAGAGUUCACCAUUGAGAAAAACCUUAUAAGUUCAGUGAAUGUGGGAAAUCUUCUACUGCUAGCUCUGGCCUUCAGUAUCAUCAGAGUUCACAGUGGAGAAAGGCCUCAUGAAUGCAGUGAAUGUGGGAAAUCUUUCAUUGUUAGGUUGAGCCUUCGCAAUCA